AUGCCAGCCCAACUUCUUUGCAUUGCGAAGCUUGACACCAGACAAACUGGCAACCUCAGUCACCGGGUGGAGAUUGCUGUAGGCAUGAGGGCGAUGGUGUUAGCAAAUAUUGCAACCGAAGCCAAUCUCGCGAAUGGAAUGCGAGGUACGGUGACCGACAUCAUUCUGGAUGAGCGUGAACCGAUUGAACAUGAAGUGAUGGAUGGCGCCACUAUGUUGCAUCAUCCACCAGCCUGCAUCUUCUUCAAACUGGAUGGAGAGACAGCUGUUUGCCUGGCAGAAUUCCCAGAGGGCUUGUUACCAAUUGUGCCGCAGGAAACGAAGUUUUCAGUGCCAGUUAAUGGGACAGGGAGUCGGACAAUUUUACGGCAACAAGUAGCACUGACGCCAGGCUAUGCUUUCACAGAUCUCAAAAGCCAAGGCCAGACGAUAGAAUAUGUUAUCAUGGACCUGGCUAGCCCAAACUACAGAAGCAAGUUGAAUGCAUUUGGUGCCUAUGUUUCCUUAUCACGUAGUCGCGGGAGGGAAACCAUACGAAUUCUGCGAGGCUUUGAUGAAAGCUUAUUUGUCAUGCACCCAUCGCCAGCUCUCAAAGCAGAGGACCAGAGGUUAGACGAAUGUGGAGCAGCAACAACGAUUGCGAGGCGUGAGGGGAAGUUGUGGGAGAUAGCAAAUCAUUCAUAA